AUGGCGGCAGUAUCGAUGCACGGCUCGGAGAACGCCUUCGGAGGCAUGAACAGCGGCAUGAACCGCCGUCUAUCGCCCGCCUUCCGCACGCUGGCAUCGCCACUGCGUCAGCGCCACUUUGACCUCGAAAAACUGCGCGAAUUGGCACGAAGCGACGAGUUUUCGGAUAGCGAGAGCGACGGCGUCAGCGACAACGAAGAGGAGGACGAGGACGACGUGGCCGACACCAUGUUCGUGCCCUACCGCCGUCCUUCGCCUAAGCGGAAGACUGUGGUGGCGCAACGUCGCAUGAAACAGAAGAAGAAAAGCGACGACGACAAGGCCAGCAGCAGUCCCAAGGGCGACGAGUGGGAGAUCGUCAACAAGUCACCGACGUUUGAGAGCGUCGCCGAGGGCAGGACGGAGCUGGGAGGUGAGAGUUGGUUCGUGCAAGAUCGCGAGCAGUAG